CAUUGCGUACAGCGGGAAUAAAGCAGCACAUAAAAGGAGCCAGAAACUCAGCAAAUCCUUCAGCGAAGGGAAGGCAAACUGCACGGAGGUUUAUCUCCAUGGAGAAAUCCACUGACAAGGCAAACAAUGGCCAGGGAUCGACGGCUCCUGAGGUUCUGCAGGCUGAGAAGGACUGUCCUGCACCCGCUGCGGAAGGUGCUGCAGAAACGAGCGGGGCAGGAGCCCUCACAGAAGACGCCGCGGACGUAAAGACGCUGGAAUUCACUGAAGAAUGUAUUAAAGACACGGAGCGACCUUCAGGCACAGAGCGAGACACUCCUGAUGCCUUUAAACCAGCCAUUUCGGAGGGAGACUGUCCAAACUCAGAGCCUCUCGUUAUGCUAACAAACAAAAACUCUCCCGAAGGAUGCGGUUUGGAAAUGAACCACCAGGGUUCAAGCACAACAUCUCUCGAUAUGGACUGCCUGGUCUGCUUCAACAAGUACAACAUCUACAGAGUCCCAAAGCUCCUGGACUGCCAGCAUUCCUUCUGUGCUGUCUGCCUCAAGCUUAUCCUCAGGAAAGAAGAGAACACCUGGAUCAUCACCUGCCCCCUCUGCAGAAAAGCCACUUUUGUCUCAGGAGGACUCAUCCGCACACUUCAAAAUAAAGAAGACAUCAUGGAGCACUUGGAAAACCCCGAUUCGAAUCUCGAGGUGCACAUCUCUGCCAUAGGGCUGGACAGCCAUAGCUGGACUCUGAGCAGCCAAGACGCUUUAUACAGGGAGGAGAACGUUCCAGCAGACAACAGACUGGCUGUCCAGAGACUGGUGCUGCUCCUGCUCCUUGUGGUGAUUCUCACCAUCCUCAUCCUCCCCUUUAUAUACUCCGGGCUGAUAAAAUGGGUAAUUUGUCUCAUGCUUGGUUUGGGGUUGGUCAUGUCAAUGGUGCUUUGCUGCACUCCUAAAUUCUACUGGAGGUGUAACAGGGACUCGCUCACCUCCUGCCACAAGGAGACCCACAUUGCUGCUAUUGCCUGAGGUGGUUAACGUGAGCUGCUCAGAGAGAACGGCCCGGUCCUGCCUGCCAAGCUGCACGUUACUGGACUUUGAACGCAAUCAUUCACGUGACAAAUUCAACAGGUGGCUGAAGUUAUCCCACUAAGACUCAAUGGCAAGGCACAGCCUCGUUAAAUGUCAUUAACGGAAACACAGUCCAAUAUUUAUACGUUGAUAUUUAUGAGAUUAUAAAAAUUGUAGGUUUUCCAUACAAUUUUUAUCCCAGGCUAAUCAUUUUGUUGUUUUGCUUUGGCCACGUUGUUCUUGUUUGUACCAUCUUUUGAUUAGCGCCGCAGAACAUUAUCUGAAACACCUGACAGAUGAUGUCCUGUGAAAAUCCCUGGCUGUGGUUGCGUUUUCGCGCUCUCUUAACACACGUACACCUUUUCUUGUGACGAUGUGGGGAAAUAAGACUGCUAAAUCAGGGGCUGGGUGCCUACCCUCAAUGAAGAGAGCAGUUUUAACCCAGGUUAUCACUUUAAUCCCUAUCCCUGGCCAAACAGUUGUUGGCAGGGAUGGGAAAGGGACUGGGAAAAUGGGGAUGUCAGUUGAUGCCACUUAAAGUAACGCAUGGAAUUAGAGAGAAAGAGGCAAAAUCAACACUCCUAACCUUGAGCCUGCAAUUGCAAAGGGCAAGGCUCUCAAAAGCUCAUGACACUCCAAAUUCCCCAUGUUUUUUAGCACAGAAGUAGUUCCUCUCACCUGAACUCCUUUAUCUAGCUCCCUGCACCGACUCUCUUCUUGUCUUGGAGAUACCCACAGAGAUAAAGAGAAAUCUGUCAAUUGCUGUGCCAUACCACGUGUGAUAUUUUUAUAUGGAAUGUGUCCAUUAAAGUUUAAUAAUGUU